GUGACACCAUUUUAGCCCACAUGGACAGGACUAGGAGUGCCAUGCGAGGAGGUUCAUCCACAUUUCUGGAUGUGGAAUCUAGGACUGGGCGGUCCCGACCUCAGGAUGCUGUUGGCUCCCAUCGAGAGCGACGAGGACGGAGGCCGAGUUCGAGCUACCAAUCCACUUCCGCGGCCAAUUCGUUUUCCUCGGCGAGUCCAACGCUCAAUCGAUAUCCAUCAAAUCGAACAACCACCUCAGGAAUGGCGAGUAGCGAGAGCUCGGAUGGAUCCAAGUCUGAUGAGGACGCGGAUGAGGCCAAAGAGAGCUCGAGUGCCAAGUCAAGAUUGGCGAAACCGGGUGAUGGGGAAGAAACGCUGACAGCUCGGAAAGUACAACAAAUGCGACAAAGCGUGGGAACCGUCGAACAGAUGUGGAUUGACCCCAACAACCUGAACUUUGAGUCCGAUGGGCAAAUCUCGGAGAUCUCAGAGAUCUGGAGUCAGUACGGAGACGAGAUCGAGCCACACACCGAGGGCAAACUCCACAAAUGGAACCCUAAUCGCAAGAACGUCUCGACCAAGUUGUCCAACGAAGAGCGCGGUUUAACCGGAGAACAAUCGAAUAAACGAAGGCGCAAGAAAACAAGACAAAAAGACCCGAAGAAGAUCAUUCCUGGGAUGAAUUUUGUGCCAAUCGGAAAAGGAGGAACUGGAGCUAAUCAAGGGGAAGGCGUGUAUUUUUUGGAUUUCUCCUCCCAAUUCAAACAAAGUCUCAAACAAGCCCGAGAGGAAAGAGAUGCCAAAAAGAAAUACGAGUACCUUUCGGAUCGCGGAGGAUCAAAUCGAUCACGAUCCUCGGGCUUGGGAUCAAGGUCACGUCCCAACAGUACAAAUGAGACAAGUCGACGAAAGUUUGGUAUAACUUUGUUCUCGUCCCAUUCCCGAGAGUCUUCCAAGAGCAAUUUGUUGGUCGCCUCAUCCCAAAAGUCCGAAGAUGCAUCAUUGGAUGAUGACAUCUUCGGUUUGGAUAAACUUCAAAAUCGAAGGCCCUCCUUUGACCCAAGUGGUCCGUUCAAAGGCGGGGUCCUCAUUUCUCCUUUGUCCUUUUCUGCCCUCUCUGGGUUGGAGGGCAAGAUCCAAAAGAUGCCGGAAAACCACAGAUUCGAACAAAGGCGACCCUCAAUGAAUACGUUGGCCAUUAGUCAGUCCCAAAAGAUAUGUGCCUCCAAAGAAGGUGGACUUGGGCCUCGAUGGCCUAAAGGCAUGUGGGAUUGUAUGGACAGUUAUUGGCGCAUGAUUAUGGCUCCUGGAGCGUUUGUCAUCACACCCAACAAUUACAACCAACGAUUCGAUUACCAAUUUCGCCAGACCGAGGAGCGGAUUUCCCAUGAAGAAUUGGAGAAAGUGAGGCGAAAGGUGAAGAAGUGGCUGGCCGAAAAUAGCCAAUAUUUUGCGCUCUAAAGCCCCUGGUAUUUUUUAAUGGUUUUCGUGCGAACCUGAACCCAAACCUUUUGACCAUCGGGGAACGUCUGAAGCACAUGCCCAGACUCCAAUACAUGGCUACAUUAUCGCAAGGAGUGGGCCAUACCAGUCCCUUGGUAUCCAAAGACAACGUGACCGCCUUCAUCCCUACUGAUAUAGCAUUCAAUCAGAUUAGUCGUGAUGAAGUGAUUGCGUUGUUCGCUAACCGUACUCUAGCAGAAAAGACCGUGAGAUCCCACGUGGUCCAGCAUCUGAUCGAUUUGGACUUGAUCUCAGUGGGAAUGGAUACUCAAUUAACCAAUUUGGCGGGCGACCAGAUCACGCUCUUCAAACAACACGAUGGAC